CGCAGUCUUGACAGACAUUGUCCAGCUCGCCGCAGCUUGAGUGAGCACGAGCGGAGCUGAGCAUUUUCCAGGGGCCGUCAAUGCCCUUGUCGCAAGUUCUGCCGCUCAGUUCACCCUCGCUCAACCGCUUCACGCCGAGCAGUGCAGCUUCGAGUCCGAGCUCGAGCUCACUCACGGACCCUUUCCUAUCAGAAUCAAGACAUCACCAAUCUGACGACAGUGAUUCGAACGAGACAAGCUUACCGACUCACUACGUCAGCCCAAGGAGGACGACCCAUAGCGAUUCAGCACCUCGACAGCAGAUGGCCUCUGAGGGCAGAGGUGCAGUCAGCCGCCGUCGAGCAGACGAGCCGAGCACGUCUCUGGGCGAUGCUCUGCUCAGCGAUGGUGGACCUGCCAAGCACUACAGUGACGAUGAGAUAGACGAGAAACUGUUCAAGCCUGCUGCAAGACCGGGACAAUCUGCCACCAAAUGGCAAAAGGAAAUGGGACACGGCAAAGAUCCACCGUCCUCACUCUACUCGAAACAGCGCUAUGCCUCUACGAAUCGCACAGGUCUCAAAGGGUCUCUCGCUGCUUAUUAUGACGAGCUUCGAGACUAUGUGCCUUUGAUUGUCUACACCAUCCUGGCCCUUUUCACACGCUUAUGGAGGAUAGGCGCGUCCAACACGGUCGUCUGGGACGAGGCUCACUUUGGCAAAUUCGGCGCAUACUAUCUCAAUAGAACUUUCUACUUUGACGUACAUCCGCCGCUGGGCAAGAUGCUCGUCGGUCUUGCCGGUGCGCUGUCCGGCUUUGACGGAUCUUAUGACUUUCCGUCCGGCAACACCUAUCCGGAUCACGUCCCCUUCAAAGCGAUGCGCAUCUUUCUCGCACUGCCUGGCGCAGCCAUGGUACCACUUGCCUGGGGCACAGCCGUCGAACUCGGCUUCUCAGGUUAUUCACGACAUAUUGUAACGCUCAUGACUCUUUGUGACCUUGCAUGGCUGGUUAUCAGUCGCUUCAUUCUCCUCGAUUCAUUGUUGCUAUUUUUCACGUUCACGACGGUCUACUGUCUCGCAUGUUUCCACAAUUAUCAGACGCGCUCUUUCAGCUUCGAUUGGUGGCUCUGGCUCGCUCUGACCGGUUUCUCCAUUGGCUGCGUCACCAGUGUCAAAUGGAUAGGUCUCUUCGCUACCGCACUCGUCGGCUUCUACACGAUCGAUGAUCUAUGGGACAAGUUUGGCGAUUUGCGUAUGCCAGUGCACGUAUACAUCCGGCAUUGGAUCGCUCGUGGCCUUUGCUUGAUUCUCCUGCCAUUCGUGGUCUAUCUGACGUGCUUCAAGAUCCAUUUCCUGAUCCUCAAUCAUUCUGGUCCUGGCGAUUCUCAGAUGAGCUCGCUAUUCCAGGCGAACCUAUACGGCAACGACUUUGGCGCCAACCCACUAGAGCCGGUGUACGGAUCGAAGAUCACUCUGAAGAAUAUGGGCUACGGCGGUGGCCUGCUACAUUCGCACGUACAGACAUACCCCGUCGGAUCAGAGCAGCAGCAAGUCACAUGCUACCACUACAAAGACUCGAACAACGAGUGGAUCAUCACGCCGACCUGGGAAUCUCCGGCAGUCGAUCCCAAUUCUGAUCUGCUGUAUCUCAAAGGCACAGAUGUCGUCAGAUUGGUUCACGAGCCGACUUUGCGAAACCUUCACAGUCACAACGUACCCGCGCCUGUCUCGAAACUCAACAUGGAAGUCAGUUGUUACGGCAAUGCGACCGUGGGCGACUCGAACGAUCACUGGCAGAUCGAGAUCGUGGACGACUUUUUGCGAGGUGGACAUGAUCCCCAGAUGCGCAUACACAGUCUUUCGACUCGCAUGCGCUUCAGGCACGUCAACUCGGGAUGCUAUCUACGCGCUGCCAAUGCUAUACUGCCUCAAUGGGGCUUCAAGCAAGUUGAAGUGUCUUGCGACAAAACGAACAACAAAAAGGACGAGCACACCUACUGGAACAUAGAGGGGCACUGGAACGAUCGAUUACCACGUGGAGAUAUGAAGCUGUACAGAUCACCUUUCUUCCGCGACUUUUGGCACCUCAACGUUGCCAUGAUGACGUCAAACAACGCACUGGUGCCUGAUCCCGACAAAGAGGACAUCAUCGCGUCCAAGCCGAUGGACUGGCCCUUCCUCCAUCUAGGCAUGCGCAUGAACGGAUGGUCAGACGCGAGCGUCAAGUACUAUCUCGUCGGCAAUCCCAUUGUCUGGUGGGGUGGCUCCAUCUCGCUCUUCGCCUUUCUCGGCCUGCUAUCAUUCUACAUUCUGCGUCAGCAACGCAAGAUAAACGAUCUCUCGCCGCAUCAAUGGGCUCACUUUACUCACUGCGGGCGGAUCGCAUUCGGCGGCUGGGCACUUCACUACUUGCCUUUCCUGAUCAUGGGCAGAGUCACUUAUCUCCAUCACUAUCUACCUGCACUGUUCUUCUCGGUCCUCAUGGUCGGCAUGCUGCUGGAUCAUUUCGUGUUUCAAUCCAGACGCUUUGCUCCCAAUGUCAAGCUCGCCGUCUUCAGCUUGGUGGCCAGCUGGAUCGUGGGGACGUUCCUCUGGUUCAAGAACACCGCCUUUGGCUUAGAAGGGCCUAUCACGGACCACUGGGGCCUCCAGACAGAGAUUGUCCAGCCUGACGCUCAGACUGAUGAGCGCACCUCGUUGCCAGCAAGCAACUUGAUCGUGGCUGGUCACGAGACGAGCGGUGUCGGGAUGCAGACAGUCAUGGUCAAUGCACCCUCUGGCUCGCUAUCCCCUCAGAUGACGCUGCAAACGGCAACCGACGAUGUCAGGGCUUCCAGGGAGGCAUCGCCCGUACCCAAAGUCUCCUUGCUCAGGCGAACGCCGACGCUCACGAAGCCUGUGGCACUUGUUCGAACCCCCAACAGUGAUCCAGAGCCUUUGAAGACGAGCACAGCGCCAAGAGUACCCGCGAGCUCAAAGACGAGAGACGCAGACGAAGCCCUCGGGGCAAGCGGUGGUGGUGGUAGCACCGAGAGAGCCUACGUCCCAUCCGAAUCAUUCGACAAGUCGCUCAUAGACGCGCUCCGUGUGCCCAAAGAUCGCAUGUUCCUGCUAAGGAUUGACCUCGAAAUCGAACGCUUCUUUACUCAAAAGGAUUCGCAGACGCUCGCACUGACGGCGCCAGUGUUUCCAAUAUUGAAUGCGUACCAACGACUGCUCGUCCAUCGCCUUGCUGACACUUGGAACAUCAAGAGGGAGGUCCAAGCGGAAGCAUCAAAUGCAGCUACCGGCAGCAUGUCGCCUGUCGGUAUCCGCAACCCAGCUAUGCUCGUUCAGCCAAGCUCGAGCACCGCUCACAGUACAAUCACGCUAGUCAAAACCGAAGAUACCGCCACACCCAGCCUGAGGUUAACAGCGUACCUUGCUGCGCAAGCAGCCGCAGACUCGCCGGCGCUCUCUCCUACACCUUUGACCGCGCCUGCGCUCAAUAUGGUUUCAGGUGACUUGCCGGCCCCAGAAGCCAAAUCUGCCCCUCCUAGCAGUCCAGGGUCAUCGAUCGUGCCGGUACUCGACGGUCAGACAAUAGUGCCGCCCCAACAUUUCAGGAUCAUGCCGCGCAACGCGCCAAGCUCUGGAGCAAAUUCACAUGGUCUGCCUUCCCGACCACCUUCAAGCAACGCAGGUGCAUCUUCCAGCACGAGCAGCGAGAAGAGGACUCUCGAGGAGCGCGAGGCAGCUUACGCCGAAGCUCGCUUGCGGAUCUUCAAGGAUCUGGAAGAGUCGACGGCUGCUGCAAGUCAGAGCAAAGAGACAGAGACGAAAGCUGCGGGCCCCGCAAGAGCGAAUGUUCCAGUACCAAAUGCGCCUCGCAGAAGCGGCAUACCCAUCUCGCGACAGCAAGUGACUCGUCAGCAGGAUUUCCCUAGGCAACCAUCUGCAGUGCCGAAUUGGGACUCACAAGCUCAUCGCGGCUAUCCAGCACCGAACAUGGCGUAUGACCCCAUCGCGGGUCCUUCGAGUCAUCCGUACUACCCGCAACACCAGCCUUCGUCGGGCUGGUCUCGACCGAUGGAAGCCCAGCAUAGCGCAGGCUAUGGCCCGCCUCGCAUGAUGUCUGGUGUUGAUAUGUCGCCGCAUUUGCUUCCCGGUCAAUGGGCGCCGCAAUACGAUCAGCUCCACAACGUCGCGAUGGGCUACGGGCAUCAGGCAUAUGCUCAGUACACGCCGCCCGAACUUCGACCACCUUCGUCCAUGUCCAGCUCGUCGACUUCUUCCAGCCGAACGGCAUCGUCUGUCAAUACUCACUUCAGGACGACCUACAGCUCCGCAAGUCAAGCCGGUGCCGAGGUUAGCCCGGCGAGGCUGGCGCAGACGCACGCGAUCGAUACAGCUUCGCUCGGCCGUCACAGCUCGUCUCGCAGCAGCACUUCUAGCAGCUCUGCCGGCAUGGCCAGCGAGAACGGUUCCCUGCAAGGCGCAGCCGCUGAGCAGACUAGACCCUCGACCCUACUCAGUGCUCAUCCUAGUCUACCGGCCAAGCCAAGUUGGUCAGUUCAGGGCAACACUUCGCCGUAUAGGAAGACGGGCUCUCGUGCGGCGUCCGAGAGCUCGUCUCGAGCCGCGUCGAUCGCAGAUCUCCGCUCUGCUUCUUCCGGAAGUGCAAGAGCACACUCGCCUCGACAGAUGAUCUAUCAUGAGCAUCAGAUGGCAAACAUGGCACCGCAUCAGCAAGCCAUGCAGCGUUCAGACAUGACGCGGAGCAUGCAAACGCAUUAUCUUACAGGCGUGCACGUGCAGCAACAAGCGUAUGCCUACAAUCAGCCUCGACCCUAUGCACCUGCGCCGAUGCCCGCCUAUCACACGGGUGGUCAGUAUCUUAGUGCGGGGCAAUACUCGCCCUACGGUCCAAUGCAAAGUGCGCAACCACCCGAGCAGUGGGCACCACAUCAUCUGCAGCAGCCCUACUAUCCGCAUGCAUUUGCCGCCCAGUACAUGCACGGUCAUCCGCCAAGCAAUGAGCAAGAUGUCUACGCGCACAGCUAUAAGCCUGCGGGUACUGAGGAGACCGGUGAAUUCGAAUACGCAGACAUCCCGCGACCGGCGCCUAGAAGCACGAUGCUCUUUGAUCCGAGCAAGCCCGUCGCAUCAUCUGGAGCGUCGACACAAGGCCCGGCAACGGCAGCGAAGGAGCUCUCCGGGACAGCAGAGGACGCAGUGACCGACAAGCUAGCUGGUCUAGGCAUGUAACAUACGCGCAUCUGACACUUCCUAGCGCAGCAUUGAGUGGUUCUAGAAGGCUUUGAGUGAAAUAGUGGGAGCUGCCUUUGUCAGUGGCGCGCGUGUUGUAUGGCCGCCUUGCAUCGUCUGUCGAACGGCCAGCUGAAGAGAUGCUCGACCAUCUGGCGUGAGGCCUUGAGUCGUUUGCUUAAACGCAAGUGGAUCCAGCGCUGCCAGAUCGACUAUUUGUUUGACCGCUGCGAGAUGCAGCGGUGCCUUCGCGUUGUCAGGAUCGAGCAGCAUGACAAGUGCCGGCAAGACCAUUGCCAGCAUGUUCUCGCGAUGGUUUGCAGGCGCAUCAGAGGCUACAAGGGCCAGAGUGCGAAUAAUAUCAAUUGCAAGCGCUACUUCGCCUUCGCUUUCCUGUAUGCGUCUGGAACGCAGAAGACGAGCGAUAAGGGCUGGCAG